AUGGCCAGUCCGUAUGAUCCGCCUUACAAUGGUCUUCUGCACAGGACCAUGGCGCUCCCGUCUCCUCAUUUGACUGUAUACGUGGCGUUUCAUGUCGUUAUUUUUGCAUUAUUGGAUGUUUCAGUGAUCCACGCGGGCAGUGGCAGCUCUGGUAGUUUAGGUUUGCACUUGCAGCCGUAUGAUUUUCUUUAUUACAGCGGAGUACGUGCGUAUUUCGGAGGGGAGUGGGUGAAAGCUGCAGAGCUCCUGGAGAAGUCCCUCUUAACCAAAGAAACAUUAUUUAAACUUCGUAGACAGUGUUAUGAUGAGUGCCAAACUGCAGGAACAGAUGCACUCCACAAACUGGACAGUGAAAAGGGAAACCUGUGGGACCUGUGGACUCUGGACUGGGUGCAGCAGAAAGCUGAAUGUCUGAGAUUUUGUUUGGGAAAGUCGAUUUCUCCCGCAGCUCUGCUCCCGGUCUCCUCCGAUAUCGAAUAUGAGUUUGGCUCCAGAAACCCGUACAACUUUCUCCAGGUUACAUACUACAAACUGGAAAAGCUGCAGAGGGCAGCAUCAGCAGCUCACACUUACUUCGUGGCUAAUCCCAGUCAUCUGGAGAUGAGGAACAACAUAGAAAAGUACCGGAGGAUGGAGGGAGUGACUCAAGACGCUUUUCAGGACAGAGAGGCCGACAACGAAAGACACUGGAUUUUGUACGACUCUGCUCUUCAGCUGGAGGCGUCUGCGGACUGGGCGGGAGCGACUGAAAAAUGGAGAGAGUGUGUGAAUGAAACACUGAGACAGACGGAGGAGUGCAGAGUCCAGUGUGAAACCUCCUCACAGCUGCUGCCCGAGGACAGAGGAGAGGAGGGAGUCCACGGGGCGUUUGAGAAGGCUGCAGCUCUUUCUCUGUCGCUUCUGUCGUGCCGCCAGUCGUGUGUCACUCAAGUCUCCACUCGACCUGGAAGAAUCUCUGCCCAAGAGGAUUUACUGCCCACUCAGCUCGAGCAUCUGCACAUAGCACAGUUCAAAGCUGGAGACAUUGCCGGGGCAGUGCAGACUCUUCGCUCUCUCCUCCUGUUUUACCCAACGGAUAAAGACAACUUGGACAACCUGCAACUCUACGCUGAGACUCUAGGGGGAGACAAAGAGUCACUGGGCCCACAGCCUGCACAGGAGAUUGUGAGGUAUGUUCGUCGGUCGCUGCAGGAGAAAAAGCUUCUUUACUUUGGAAUGGAAAACCUGGAUUUCACAUUUACAGAUCCAGAUUUAUGGACUCCUGAAGAUGUUGUUCCUGAAUCACUGAGGGAAAAAUGGAGUGCUGAGAAAGAACAAAUGAAUGAAAGGAUGAAUAAAGGAGAGCAACAGGAGGACGUGGACGACAGUGGUUUCUUUGGAGGGGGCACUGUUCCCCAGGUGGGCGUGACCAUCACCAUGGACGAUUUAAUGAUGAAUGGAACAAAUCGAGUCGUUCUGGACGGAGUCAUGACCCAAAAAGAGUGUGACACAAUACUGCAGUUAGCAUCAGCGGCUGGUUCUGUUGGAGAUGGCUACAGGGGGCGCCGGUCUCCACACACGCCCCAUGAGACGUUUGAGGGUCUGACGGUGCUCAGGGCGGCAAAGUUGGGUCAGGACGGUUUGGUGAAUCACACUGAUGCUAAACUCCUCCAUGAGCUCGGGGAGAGAGUGAGGACCCUGCUCCACUCGUACUUCAGGAGCCCCUCGGCACUCUUCGUUUCUUUCACUCACCUGGUCUGUCGCAGCGCCAUCACAGGAGACCAGGAGGGCAGGAUGGACCUGUCUCACCCGGUUCACGUGGACAACUGCAUCCUCGAACCUGAGACCAAACUGUGCUGGAAGGAACCACCCGCUUUUAUCCACAGAGACCUCAGUGCCGUUUUAUACCUGAACGAAGACUUUGAUGGAGGAGAGCUGUUCUUCACUGACAGGGAUGCAAAGACUGUCACUGUAAGUUUGCCCGAGUGAAAGCCUUCCUGUGGGCGUCUGGUGGGUUUUUCCUCUGGUCCAGUCAAUCCACACGGAGUUACUGCAGUGACCAAAGGGAAUAGGUGUGCCCUGGCCCUGUGGUUCACCAAAGAAAAACAUUAUAGAGAUAUGGAGCGAGAGGAGGCAGAGGCCCUGUGGAGCGGAAAGACCAUGGAGCAGGCCGCGCAGGCAGAGCAGGAGGCAGAAGCGGGCGCUACACAGGGUCGAAGCGGACGCAGCCAAACUCCACCCGAGCGCAGCCGAGGGAGUGGCAGGUCAAAGGGAAAGAGGGAUGAACUGUGAGGGGAGAAAAAGAUAAAACAAAACAAUGCAAUGUGCUGUUUUUUCAGGUAACACAACAUACAAUCUAUAGGCCUGUAAUGUUAAAAUGAGAUAAAAGCAUGAACUUUCUUUCUCACAUCAUAUUCAGACAAAGGAAACUGAAUGGCCGACCUUCCAGUUAUAAGAAAAUUACCACUUAUAUUGCGCUUUUAGUUGAACCAAAAACAUUUUAAAGGUGCACUAUGUAACUUCUAAGGUGAAGGGUUACUUGCUUGUCAGUUGCAGGUGUUUAUUAUUUAUUAAAUCUGGGACAGUGCACAUUAACCAGCAUGUGUUCGUACGGCAUGUAAAUGUGCCAGAGUUUGCCGUGCAGGCUCAUUUUCAUCUGGAGUCCCAUUGGCGGGACAAAAAACAGGACACAGGCACAGAACAUUCAGUCCCUCACACAAGACAAAGACAUUAGGAUCAGUGAACACUAGAGAUGUAACAAUAAGUUAAAUAUUGUGAUAUCGUAUUGUCAAGUUCUCACAAUAAUAUCGUGGACGAUCACAAUAUAUAGAAUUACAAGUCUCUUUGCACUGAAAUGGAGCAAAGGAUCAUGGUCUAUGUAGUUCCUUCUGUCUUUUUUAGAUAUUGCUGCACCAUAACUCUUAAUUUAAGCAGACUACAUGAAGAAAUAAUAAUAAGUAUAUAAGUUCUAAGCACUUUUAAGUUUUAGUUCUUUGGAUUAAGUCUUGUCAAGGCAUUUUAAGAAGAAAAAAAUAAUAUAUGAACAGUUUUAGCUGUUUAGCCUCCACAAAAUAUUGCAAUAAAUAUCGUACCGUGAGAGUUGGAUAUUGUUACAUCCCUAAUCGGGAGCCUCCCCGCCAUAAAAUAAGGAUUCCUGUUUUGUGGUUGGAUAAAUAUAACUGGACUAUAAACACUGAAACUUGGUAGUUUACAGAUUUUAGUGACCAAGUGCCUUUAUCACACUGUAUGUAUCCAACCACUGUGACACAAAUGAUCAUACUGACAAUCGUAAUUUUGCCUUUAUCUCAGUUAAACACUACAGGCCUAUGUGCAGUUUCAUGAUGAUGAAUAAUUGUAACCGUUUCCAUAGUGAUUAACAAUUGAAAACAAAAUGAUUUCUUUUUUCAUAGAACAUGAAGCUGAAAUGCGUUAAUUUAAUAUCAUCUGAAAUUCAGCAGUUUGGUGCACCAGUCCAGUAUUUUAAUAUCAGGAACAAAAUGAACAAUGAACAGUAUUUUAUAAUUUAUUUUACCAAGUCAAUGCAAUAAUAUAGUUGUGAAAUUGUGAUGUAUAUGCAGUAUUUUGGAUGUAGAUUUUGUGUGUCAAAGGCUGGACUGCACUUUGAUUUUCAGCGUGUUUUAUAUGAAGAAAAUAAAUCACAUCGUUGACUUUG